AUGUGGAUUAUACAUCGAUUAUUUUUCAAUAAUAAUGAAAAUCUUCAAAUGGAACAUAUUUUCUAUCAAAAUUUUGAACAUUGGAAAUAUUACCAUCUACAAAUGGAUUAUACAAUGACUGAUUAUCAAUAUGGCCAAAUACAAUGGUCAUAUAGAACAUUUCGUCGUACGAUUUGGUAUAAAUUCAAUGGAAUCAUACAAUUAAUCUUUUUUAUGAUAGUAAUUUUCGAUGAUAACAAUGGUUUAUUUAUCAAUCUUGAUGAUAUUGGCCGUAUUGUGAAUACACAACGUAUUGAUUUAGUAUCCAUUCAAAUGUUAAUAUUUUUAAUUAUUUUCGAAAUUAUCUGGUUAAAUUCAUGCUAUUCACUAAUGAAUUAUCGGUCAUCAAUGGAUGAGCUAUUUAUACGAUAUUCAAUUGAAUUUGAUGACAAUCGUAUUGGAUUACAUUCUCGAACAUAUUUGAUUCGUUUUUAUAUUGUUUUUAAUACAAUUGUUCAAUCAUUAUAUCGAAUGAUAAUCAUCAUGAUUCUAAUCAUAAUAACAUUAUUUUCCAUCAUCUUAUAUUCACUAUAUCUAAAAGGCAAUUUCACUUUAUUACAAACAAUAUUGUCACUUUUAAUGAAUUUUUCAUUGGUCAUUCAAAUUAUCAACGUUAUUGGCCGUGUUACAACAAUAUUGAAUUUUAUUGUAUUUCUUAUUGAAUUUUAUAAAGUACAACUUGAUCAUCUAAUGAGAUUAACACGUAAUCAAUUAAAUUCACAUUUAAAAAAUCUUAAAGAAUUGAUUAUGAAUCGAUCAUGGAAACGAUUUCACAAUGAUUAUGUAAAACUUUAUAGCGAAACAGCCAAAUCAAAUCGUUCGAUUAGAGUUAUUUUAUUCUAUUUAGAAACGGCAUCAAAAACAUCAUUAAUUUCAUCAUGUUUGUACUAUAGCCAACAAGAUCAAACAACAUUAUAUAAUUUAACAGUUAUUUUAAUCGUAUUGUCCAUGUUUGGAUUGACCAAUGGUCUCUAUAAUCGUAUUGCACAUCUGCCAUCAUGUAAUCAACGUUGUUGUCGAAAUCUGAUGAAUUGGAAUGCACAUUCACAAUGGAAAAAACAAACUUAUAGAUCACAAAAUCGUAUAAUUAGUAUAAGAAAUUCUAUUAAAACAAAUUUUGCCAUACAAAUGAUCAAUGAAAAUCAUUUCGGUUUUCAUUGUGGACAAAUAUGA